GUCGUCACGUAUCAUCUUGAAGCACACGCUGUUCCUGUGAACGGAGCUCGACUCGCGAAUUCUGAAAUUACGUCAACCACGCGGUCAUGCCGCCGAAGAAGAGCGGCGGUGCCGCGAAAACUAAGGGUAAAUCCUCGGAGGAGAGCGGCACCGGAAAGACGGAGAAGAAAGGAGGGAAUGCUGUGAAGGUUAGGCAUAUCUUGUGCGAGAAGCAAUCAAAGAUACUGGAAGCAUUGGAGAAGCUGAAGGCUGGUCAGAAAUUCAAUGAAGUCGCGGCAACGUACAGUGAGGACAAAGCCAGAUCUGGGGGAGACCUUGGUUGGAUGACGCGAGGUUCCAUGGUAGGACCCUUUCAAGAUGCAGCCUUUGCAUUACCAGUUUCCACCUUAGCAUCUCCCGUCUACACGAAUCCACCGGUGAAAACAAAAUUUGGGUAUCACAUCAUAAUGGUGGAAGGUAAAAAAUAAUUGAAAGUUGCAUAAUCUUUUUUAAAUAUCUUUGUAAAACUUGUUACAUUGAUUUACUGAUCCAGUAAAUAUAUAUGAUAUUAUUUAGAUACUAAUUUGAUUAAUUAUUGUGAUAUUUAUUUUAUUAUAAAAAUAUGUAUUUCUAUUUCUUACAUUUUUACUUGAAGAAAAUCAAGUAAAAAUUUGUAUAGGUAAUUUAACUUGACUUUGUCGUGAAUCAAUGCAUAAUGAGUAAAAUGUUUUUCAAUAAAUAAAUGCAUCGUCGUUC